UGUUGGCUGGGAGAUUUUUCGUUUUUUGAAAUAGAAACAGGGUUUGCAUUUCUCCCCUAUUAAUUUUGAGAUUUUUCAUUCCCCCUGUCGGCUACCUCUACAUCCUUCUCACAGGCACUUCUAUCAUAGAUUGUGACUUUGAACUAUGAUUCACCAUCAUAACGGAAAACCAGGAAAUUCCCAACUUCUAAAUGAUGAUCCUUCACAAAACCCUGUCAACCCUUAGAGAAGAACAAGCCAUUCUCUCUCUUCUUCCAAUUCCACAGCCCUCCCUUUCCCACUUGGGCCUCUAAGAGAACAUUUGCGAAGUGAUCCUCCGUUGAAGUUCUUGAUAAACACCGGUGAUAUAUGCUGCAAAAUUCAAUAGCCUUUGAAUUGAACAUCCUAUGAUGGGAUUGAACAUGCUUUUGAAUUGGUAAUGGCAGGUGACUCUUUGUGUGUGAAGAAAGGCUUGCGAUUGCCCUUGCUGCUGUUGUGGGACAGAGCCAGUGUAUAUGUAUAGAAGUUGUGCACAGUAAAUUGACGAAACUGCCCUUGACUAAACAGCUCCUUCUGUUUCCGUUUUUGCCCCUUCUCCUUCGUUGAUAACCCUUCGUUCGCUCACAGAAGCCCCCAUUUCCAGUUCGUUUUGAACCAGCUGGUUGGGGGGCAGCCAUGGAAGAUCUGCACAUGGAUGGGGAGCCGUCGAUCUUUGUUUGGGAGGUGCGCUGCAAAUCCAGCCGUCCUUUUGCUCUUCGUCUGAGAGAUUUCUGGUGGGAAGAUUUUUCAUCUUUUCUACAGCCUUCCACUCAGACUUCCAUCUCUCUUGCUUUCGAAUUUCUGCAUCCUUUGUCUUCAGUUGCUAGGGACUGGAAUGGAUACGCAGGAUACAUCUCCUUCAGUGUUGCUAUUCUUUGACAAGGAAAGAUUUAUAUUUAAUGCUGGAGAGUAUGAAUCACAGUUAGGCAGUCAUCCAAUUGCUUCAGGUGAGCUUGGGUACGAAAUCCAAAUACGAGAAGCAGUCGUUCACCCAAAUUGUUUAACCAUUCUUCGCUUUAAAGAGUCAAGACCUCCAUCAAAGAGAAGAAAAGUCAUGAAGAAAUUGCAAAACAAAGCCCACCGAAUUAAACAACGUGCUGCUCAAAACUAUUCAAAUUUUGCUAUUUUAAUAGCUCCUUCCCACUAUUAACAUCUCAAUGUAUAUACAAACAUGUUCCUAUUUUAACAUAAAAAGUAGCCUGUAAAAUAUGUGAUUUCCUUUUUUUCCACUUAUACUUCCUUAGUUAAGCAUAAUGCUACGAGUUAAAUCUCAUUGUAUAUAUAAACAAUUUUAUUUUGUCUACGUAAUUUCAAAACCCGCAGCAUCGCGCGGGCUUUAUUGCUAGU